GGAUGGUGGCGGUAAUGCUCCAUAAAAGCUGGUUGCCAUUAAACACAAAAGAAGGAUUAUUUUCCAAUGCUUUUUUGAAAACAUUUAACAAUGAACAAAUAUGUCGAUUAGCUUUUUAUAUACAUUUUAACAGUGUAAAGAGAUUACCAAGGGAACCUGAAUUUGAUAUUAUAUUGCAAGAAGAAGAAUUAGAAGAAGAAGAAGACGAAGAAGAAGAAGCAGCAGCAGCAGCAGCAGCAACGGGCUGGUAGAAGAGGAGAACGUUCAAAAGGACGUUCACGUUGAAGAAAACGAAGAAGCUCUUGAAAUUAGAAGCUGGUGGCGCGUCAGCCAUGGCGGGCGAGCGGCGCAACGGCAACCUGCUGGUCCAGAUCGGCCCGCGGCUGCAGGCGUCCCCUGAGGAGCUGAUCCGCCAGCGCAGCACCCGCGAUGGCCAGAUCGAGUACCUGAGGAGCUGGUGCCUUGACGACAUCGAUGAAGGCUCCGCCUCCAAGAACAACAACUGCAAAGGCGGCGACCCCGGGUCAGGCGGUCCUGCCUCCUCGCCCGGGGACAUAAAAACCAAGAACAUCCUGAUGUGGAUGUCUACGGAUGACGUGUACGCCGCCUGCCCUGCCCUGCCGGGCAAGAGGAAAGCCGACUCUCAGCGGCAGCUGGAGAAGCUCAGCGGCAGCGAAGCAGAGGGGAUCUUCGAUGAGGUGGAGCUGCUGGACAUGAAGGAAGACGUGAAGAACCUUGUGUGCCGCGCCAGGAAGCAGAUGGCCGAGAAGAGCCAGCUGUCGUUCAGCGUCACGCGCACCAUCCAUGUGUUGAGCGCCUACGCCGCCAUCGGCUCGCUGGCGGCCGUCUUCAGGGAGACGGGCGCCCUUGACUUGCUCAUGGACCUGCUGUGCAGCAAGGAGAUGCAGAACCGACGAGGCGCCAGCAAGAUGCUCUGAGCGCUGGCGUCCCACGACGCAGGAAGUCGGGCGCAUGUGCUGCUGUCGCUCAGCCAGCAAGAUGGCAUUGAGGAGCACAUGGAUUUCGAAAACCGCUACACGCUGCUGGAGCUCUUUGCCAAAACUACGUCGGAGGAGGAGCACGGCAUCUCCUUCGAAGGGGUCCAUUUACCUCAGAUUCCCGGGAAGCUGCUGUUCUGCCUGGUCGAGCGCUACCUGCGCGUGACAUUGCUGAUGGACAAGCUCAACACGGCGGGGCAGGAGAGGGCGACCUCCCAGCUACGCCUGCAGUGUGAGUUUGCCGUGUCCGUGGCCGACCUGAUCUCGGAGCUGGUGCACGUCAUGGGCUGGGAGUGCGAGCGGGAGGACGCCACGGCGCCUGCCCUUGGCUCCAUCUCCCGACCCCGGGCGGGCGCCUCGCCCGUCGCCUGUGUCGCCGUCAAGACCAAGGCGGGGAGCGGCUACAAAACGCGCGGUGACUUUGCUGGCCGCGCAGCGUACGUGGAAUACUUGCGGGAUCGUCUGAAGAGUGGCAUGGCGGUCCGCAUGCUGGACGACUACGAGGAAGUCAGCGCUGGGGACCAAGGAGAAUUCCGAUACUACAACGAUGGCUCGCCGCCCAUUCAGGUGUACUGGAACACCCUGUGCAGGACUUACUGGGUCCACUGGCAUAUGCUGGAGAUAGUCGCUGGCGGCAAUGGGCCGGACGAUAAGGACGCCGCCGACAAGGCCUCGUCCCUCACCACGACCAUCGGACUGGCGGCUGCUAGCCAGAGCUCCUCCCCAAAGCCCACGGGCAGCCUCUACUUGCUGCCCUACUUGUCCGAGCGUCCUCCGGUAGCCCGGGCGGAAGCCCAGGCGGAAGCCCAGGCGGAGCUGGCCCGCGACGAGUGGUGGGAGCUCCUAUUCUUCAUCAAGAAGCUGGAAGCCAGACAACGGCGGGAGGUGCUCCGCCUCCUGAUGCGUGACCUUAGCCUGCAGGAGGUGGAGGCGACUGACUCUGCGCUGGUGGGCCUGACUGUGCCAAGAGAAGCAGCUGAGAAGCUGGUCCGCUAGCUGCAGCGUCAUCUGCCGCCGUCCUACCCGGGCAACCUUCUGUGCGCACGCACCUUGGCCAGACACGACCUCAGGUCGGGAGAAGAUUCACCACCCAAGGAUGAGGAUGCCGGCGGCGAGGACGCCGGUGGCGAGGAUGCCGGUGGCAAGACCAGCGACGAGAUGGUCUCGGUUACCAAGAGAACCAAGAAGGAACUUGCCGCGCACUGGUCUGGCGCUGAUGAGGAGAAGGGCGAGUUCCCCCGGGAGGAUUGCAGCCAGUAUCCCGAUGGGUUGGAGGACAUGCUGAAGGAACGUGUCCUGGGGAAGAAGACUGUGCUGGAGAAGGUCGGGGAGGUGAUGGGCAUCCUGAAGAAAGGAGGCCCGCCACGGGACCCACUGCAGAACCUGGCUGGCGUCAUCUUCAUCCGCUGGCUGCUGCGGGAGAAGAACUCGGCCAGAAGCGACUAUGUCCCGAGCGUCCAGGACAAAGUUGUGAAGCUGCUGGUAGAGCUGCUUGGCUCGCCAUGUCCAAACCUGGUCGGGUGCACGCUGAGGCUGACGCAUUCGCUCAUGCGCCGACACGAGUGGAGGGUUUCCUUUGCCACCAAGGGUGGCGUCAAAGCCGUCCUGACGUGCAUGCAGGAGAUGGCCGACAUGCCUCAUGUGCAGCAGCUGGCGCUGGCGACGCUGAAAGUCCUGAUGGGGGCCAGCAAGUACGAGCUGUGUGGCAGCGAGGUUCCCAUGCUCUCUGAGGCAGGCGCUCAAAUGAUGCUGGAGAUCUUCGCCAGCCUCGGCUCGGCCACGCCCGAAGGCUCCAAAGGCCCGCUCAUACCCGCCGCCCUUGACCUCAUGCUGCGGACGCCGGGCUGCGCGAUGGCUGUGCGCGAUGGCCUGACGCUCGUGGUGAUGCUGGUCUCCGACCACAAGCUGGUGUCCUGUGGCAUCACGGCCGUCCUGGAGAAGUGUCUAGCGCUGUCCCAGGACGAGACCAUGCUGGCCAUCGUUGCCCUCAACCACAUCUUGAUGGCGCAGAAGCUGGAGAACAAAGAUCCUCCAGAGCAGUUGCAGCUGAAGGACAUCCAGCUGCAGAAAUUGCUGAUGAGUGUGAAGGGGAUGACGGCCACUGCCAAAGAAGUCAUCCACAUGCUGGAGCAGCUGCUGUGCCAGUCGGCGUCUCUGCCCGAGGGCCUGCGUAGCCAGGUCUCUCAGAGUCGGGACGUGUUUCAGGACCUCCUGCAUCUGAUGGAGCCGCUGAGAGCGGACCGGAACGUCCAGCUGUCCAUUCUUAGGUGACGCCACGCACCUCGCGUUUGUACCGCGCCUCGGGCUGACCACAACAAGUUUCUGGACAGCUACCAGGAGGACGCGCUGCCCUGGCAUGACAGCAUCAAACCCUGCCUGGCAUCUGUGAGCGCCUUUGUCACGGACAAAGAGGUUGUCCAGCAGCUGCUGCUCUUCCUCCACCGCCUGACCCGCGUCAACAAAGACUAUGCUGUGGUCAUGUGCCGGCUUGGCACCAAAGAGCUUUUGAACAAGGCCCAGGACAAACACGGCGCCGCCCUCAACGCCGCAGCCAAGCUCCGGGACGUCGUGGCCGAUUGCGACAAGUACGCUGGCCUCUACAAUAGCAUGACCACCAGCGUGCUGGCCGGUUGCCUACAUAUGACGUUGGGUCAGAUUGAGGAGCAUCGGCGCAGCCGCGAGCCCAUCAACAUUCCCUUCUUUGAUGUCUUGCUUCGGAAUCUCUGCCAAGGCUCCAGCACGGAGCUGAAGGAGUACAAGUGCUGGGAGAAGGUGGAGGUGUCGUCCAAUCACCAUCGAGCCAACAAGCUCAGCGACAAGAACAUGAAAACUUACUGGGAGUCCAACGGGCCCGCUGGCUCGCACUUUAUCAACAUCUUCAUGCACAGAGGUGUCGUCAUCAGGUAGCUGGCCAUCCUGGUUGCCAACGAGGACUCCAGCUACAUGCCGGCCAAGAUCCUGGUACAGGGCGGAGACAUCUAAGGAAACAUUAGCACUGAACUCAACACGGUGAAUGUGAUGACGUCAGCCACUCGGGUGGUUCUGCUAGAAAAUAUGACCAGCUGCUGGUCCAUCGUUCAGAUCCGCAUCAAGAGAUGCCAGCAGGGCGGGAUCGACACCAGGGUUCGCAGCUUUGAGGUAGUGGGGCCCAAGAACACCUUCUGGCCUGUGUUCAAAGAGCAACUGUGCUACCGGACCUUCUUGUUCUACAGCGCCAAAGCACACUCGUGGUGUCAGGAGGUGACAGAGGACAGGACGCGGCUGCUGCAGCUCUUUGACAAGCUGAACAGCGCCUUCAGGCACGAGCAGAUGUUUGCUGAGCGCUUCCUGCCGGAUGCCGAAGCCGCCGAAGCCUUGGGCCGAACCUGCUGGGAGGCGCUGGUCACGCCGAUCGUCCGCACCAUCACAUUGUCAGAACAAGGCGGCCCCAGCCCGCUGUCCUGGCUGCUCGACGAGUACCUGGCCAAGUCGGACUCGGCCCGCCGCCGCUGCAAAAGCAGGGCGGCCAUCUUUAACUCCUGCGUCCGACGCCUGGCUCAUCUCCUGGUGCACGCCGACACUCGCCCAGAGCCCCCGGGCCUUCCCGCCAAGUCUCGUGAGUCCUGCAAGACGGAAGGCAUCCGAUUUGAGCAAGCGCGCAGGCACGCACGCACAAGCAAACAAGCCAAGUGGCCUCUCGUUUUGCUUUGUCACUUGGCCUUGGAUGUGCUAGCGCUCUACCUCCUCACCUUGCUUUCCACGCCCGAUGUCCAUCAGCUCAUUCCAAUUGGCUGUUUCUGUUUGGAAAUGCUUCCCGGACAUCCUCGCUGCUGGACCGUCUCGCCCCUCUGCUUCAUGGACAAGCCGUCGCGCCACUUGCCGGACCGCCUGAGCUUAUACCUUGCUCAAUUUGCACACUUCUACUGCCACGGCCAGUCUGUGUCUUUCGGGAGUCGGGGCAAGCCUGGGGGUCUACAGUGGACGUGGCUCGGGCACGCCGAUGUGCAGUUUGGCUGUUUGACGCUUCACGUUUCCACGCUCCAGAUGUUCAUCCUUCUGCAAUUUAACAGGCAGCAGGAAGUGGGUGUGGCCUCGUUGCUGAAUGGGUCUGGCCUUUCAAAGGAGCUAGUGCUUCACGCUCUGCAGCCUCUGAUUGAUGAUGAAGGGCCGCUCAGCUGCAGCCAUCCGCAAGACCCUUGCCAAGGCGUGCUGCAGCCCAAGUGGCAGGCAGCGCCUGGCCCACCCAAAUGCGUGGAGCUUCAGCCACCACAGACGUACUUGAAUGUGGACAAAGAUGCCACCGCCGCCCUGGAGACCAAACGGAACUUCAUCUACUGCCUCAUUGUCAACAUCCUCAAGCAAGAGAAGGAGAUGCAUAUCGACAACCUGGUAUUCAAGGUUCUCCAGUCCUGUCACAAACGGGAAGCGGGCCGGGCUCCGGCCCCCGGUGGCUUCAGCUGCAGCACGGGAGACGUUCUCUCCUGCAUCAUGCAUGUGAUGAGCAAAGGCUGCAUUCACCGCAACCCGGAACUGCCUAACAUGGUGGAGUUUCUCCCCGACGACCCGGCCACGCUGCAGAAGGGACACGCCCAUCUCUCCUUUGCCACCUCCCACAUGAACUCGCUGCAGCUCACGGCGGCAGACUGCACUCUGUUUUCAAGCGGUCGCAGUAUGAAGCCAGAAGAAGCGUCCCAGCUGAUGCGCACCACCGUUGAGCAUGUGGCGGCCACCCUGAGCGUGGACCUGGACCGGGCCGAACACCUUCUGGUCCACUUGAGCUGGAACGCCGAACUCCUGGUGUGGCGCUACACAGACGACCCCGAAGGUGUGGUGACGGCUGCCGGACUCGAAUGUCGGGACCCUCGGCCGCCGCCCGGCCACGAGUCCGCCUGCCCCGUCUGCUUGGUCCCUCGCAGCUCCUGUGCUGACCUGCCGCCCUCGCUGAGCUGCAUGCACUACUGCUGCAGGGUGAGGACACGCCCGACAGGCGGGCGGGGGCGUGCAGACUGGCGCGUGACUCUGUUUUGUUGCAUGCUUGUGUUGCAGUCGUGCUGGCGGGAGUACCUCAGCGCUCGCGUGGAGCAGAACCUGGUGACAAACUUUAACUGUCCCAUACCCGACUGCCGGGCCCAGGCCACAUCCCGCUUCUUCCUCUCCAUCGUCACAGACAAGGACACCGUCGCCAAGUAUGAGAAGACGCGUCUGCGAGGCUUUGUGGAGUCCUGCUCCAACCUGACAUGGUGCACCAACCCGCAGGGCUGCGAUCAGAUCCUGUGCAAAGAGAACAUGGGCAGCAUGGGCACCUGCUCCAAGUGCUGCUGGACCUCGUGCUUCAGCUGUAACUUCCCAGAGGCACACUGCCCGGCCAGCUGCAGUCACAUGUCUCAGUGGAUAGACGAUGGCGGCUUCUACGAAUGCAUGAGCGCAGAGGCUCAGAGCAAACACCUGGCCAGGCUCAUCUCCAAACGCUGCCCCAACUGCCAGGCACAGAUCGAGAAGAAUGAGGGCUGCCUCCAUAUGACCUGUGCCAAGUGUAACCACGGCUUCUGCUGGCGCUGCCUCAAAGCAUGGAACCCCAUGCACAAGGACUACUACAACUGCGCCGCCAUGGUGACUAAAGCGGUGCGCCACGAGAAGAAGUUUCAGGAUGUCAAUGAGAGAUGUACCUUCCAGCAUUAGGCCAAGGACUUUGCCAUCAGCCUGGAGAAGAAGGCAUCGUCCAUUAAUGAAGCGCUGCAGAUGAAGUCUCUCACGUUUGUCAUUGACGCCUGCAGGAUCCUGGCGCAGGCUCGCAAGGUUCUGGCCUACUCGUGCGUGUACGCGUUCUACAACCAGGACAGCAACAAGAUGGAUGUGAUUGAGCAGCAGACGGAGGCUUUGGAACUGCACACCAACGCCCUGCAGAUUCUGCUAGAGGGGACGCUGCUGCAGUGCAGCGACCUGGCCUCCUGCAUCCGUCUGCUGAAAGCCGAACACCUCAACACGGGCAUGGAACUGAUGCGGCGUAUUCAGGAACUCUUGUUGGCCAUCCUGCACCAUUCAACGCAGGACUUCGGCGUGGGCUGUUGCUCCCAAAGCGUUCAGGAAGCGGAAAGCACGUUGGCUGCCAACCUAUACAACAUGGCCGCCAAAGCGUGAGUCCCGUAUGCUCGGGUUUGCCCGCUUUGACCCGCAAGCAAGCCCCUCACCGCUGCUUUAUUUUGCAGCUCCAAGUCCAACACCAGAGACUCGGACAACGGCGGCAAAGGUCAGGAGGACGACGACUACAUCCCCGAGUGGCACGACUACGACGAUGACGAAGAGAUGGAUGAGGACGACUUCUUCACAGACGACGACAGCUCAGACAAUCUGGAGCAAGACUUCGGCCCCUUCGACUGAGCAAAACACCCCUGGGCGAAAAGGGGGGGUGGGCUGCUCAGGAGGGCUAUGUCGGCCUAUGAGUUUGCAGGCGGAUCUGGCGAGUUGGAGCACUAGCAGC